AUGCCGAAAAUAGAACCAGGAUCCUACGCUCAAGCUAAGAUAUUGGAACUCUUCAAGCAGCAAGAAGCUGCCGCAAGAAGCAAGCAGAUGCAAGCUGAGGGACUGUACAACAUGCCCCACGCUCUGAGACCUCCCUCUAUGGCCCCUCCCAGUCUUCUUCCUAACUUCCCUGGAAUUAGACCACCAUCUGUUCUAGAUAAUAAGAUGCUACAAGGGCUCCACCCUCAACUCCAACACGAACAGUUAAUGGAGCACCUGGAAGCACUGUCCAGACAACAAGCCCAGCACCAGCAAGCUGUGGCAGCACAGCAGCACAUGCACCAGCAACAACAGCAACAGCACUUCAGCGCUGAAAGGAUUCAAGAACUACUGAAGAAUGCCAGAACUGUUCCCGAUCAGAAGUACCUGCAAGACCAGUUGAUGGAAGCAGCAAGGAGUGACGCACUAGCCAGACAGCAGCAGGCUGCAGCGGCUGCUCACCUCAUGCCCCAGACUCCCGACAACCCCCAACAAGCGUCCCAAUGGGCUCGUUUUAUCGAACAGCAAGCCCUUGCAGCAGCCCAGCAGCAUAACGCUGCAGCAGCGGCACAACACAACCAGCAACCUCACGGUGCUCCACCCAGAGGAUAUGACCUGCCCGGCCAGAUGGCUAGCGCUCUGCAACACCAUCACCAACAGCAACAACAACAACAACAGCAGCAACAAGCCGCCCAACAACAACAAGCCGCCCAGCAACAACAAGCCCAGCAACAACAAGCUCAACAACAGCAGCAACAACAACAGGCAGCCCAACAACAAGCUGCCCAGCAACAAGCCGCACAGCAACAAGCCCAACAAGCCCUUCACCAACAGCGACCUCAGUUACCACACAUUCACCAACAUGACAAGAGAAAGAGAGACACGCCCUUCCCCUUCCACCAGCUCUUCCCUAUUAUGGCUAGACGUCACACAGUUAAGAAACACGAGUGUAAGCUGAAGGGAGAAGAUGACGAGAUAAUAUUUAUGGGUUCCAAUGGGGGUCCCCCUCAUGCACCCCCGACCCGUACUCUGCCCUCACACAUCCCCGCCCAUCUGUCUCAGUUAGGGUCAGGAGUGAAACCCUCCUUCUCACCUCUCCAAUCAGCCGCCGCUCCCCACAGACUUACAAACGGUUCAGGGCUGCCCAGCAGUCAGCACCAGCUUCCAGCUGGGCUCAUCCCAGGAAUGGGAUCUGCCCACUACGCCAACCUGAUGAAGGUCUUUCAGAAUCAGAACAUUUUACGGAACCAGCUUCAAUAG